CCUCCUCCUCCUCCUCCUCCUCCUCCUCCUCCUCUCCCAGCUCCUCCGCAGCAGGCAGGGACAUCCCUGCCGGGCUCGGCAGCUCUCUCCCUCCUCUUCUCACUCCAUCACCUCCCCGCAUCCCGCCGGGACCGUGGGUUUAGCUCCGUCCUACUACAGCAUUCCCACCUCUGCAUGGUGCAUCCCGAACCUUCUGACCGCUCCGAAUCGGAGCCCUCCGACCUCGCAGGGAGGCGAGAGUGCGGCUGGGACUUUCUUGGAGGCAGGGCAACGUUAAGAUGUUGAAAGGUCCCCGGCCGAGAGGGGCUGCGUGGACGCCAGGCCACCCGGCUAGAGGGGAGCAGGAUGGACAGAGCCGUUGGGGCCGGGAAUCGAGGCCGGUAGGGAAGGAUGGACUCCCAGACCUGCCAGGACAGGCAGCCCAGUGACCACCCCAGCAGCAGCAGCAGCAGCAACAGCAGCAGCAGCAGCAGCAGCAGCAGCAGCAAUUGUAGCAGCAGCAAAAGCAAUUGUGAAAGGGAAAGGAUCCGGAGUCGGAUGAAAAUGGUGAUCGGGCAACUGGAAGGCAUCUUACAGGAGCUCAAGGAGGUGGCCAAGGAGCUCCGGGAGGUGGUGAGCCAGAUCGACCGACUGACGUCCGACUUCGAGUUCGAGCUGGAGCCCGACGACUGGACCACGGCGACGGCCAGCAGCACCUCCAGCAGCGACAAGGGGGGAGGCGUCUUCGAGCUGGGGCCCCUCGAUUUCCCCACCUCCGACAUCCUCUCCGACAGCUGGGAAUUCUGCUCCUUCUUGGAUGCUUCCACCCCUUCCGACCCGGGCGACGCCGUCGAACCCCCGCGGGCUCAGCCUCCUCCCCCGCCGCUCCGCCAGCCCGAUUACCGGCUGAUGAACGGGGGCAUCCCCAUCACCAACGGGCCCAGGGGAGGAGGAACCCCGGAUUCAUCCAGCGAGGAAGCCUUCAGCACCACAACCACUCAAAAGCUCACCUCUCACCACCGCCCCGCCGGGACCCGGGAACGGGUCCGGUUCAGCGACAAGGUGCUCUACCACGCACUGUGCUGCGACGACGACCGGGACGGUGACAGCACAGCGUCGCCAGGGGAUGAUGGUGGUGGUGGUGGUGGUGGCUCCGAGGAGCCUACCCGUAAAGUGACGGCUGGACCACCUUCAAAGCAUCCUUCUGCCAGCAGCAGCGGUAGCGGCGGGGGUGGUGGAGCCGCAGGGCGGCGGCUGACGAGGAACAGCAGCACGCAGACGGUGGCCGACAAAAGCACCCAGACGGUGCUGCCUUAUGUGCCAGCCAAGCAGAGGCUGAAGAACAAGAACUGACACCCGAGCAUCUCCUCCACACGGAUUUGGGGGAUG